UAAAAUUAAAAUAUUUUUCUUUUCAGGUGGCAAUGGUAGAAGUUCAACUCAGCCAAAGGAUGCCACGUGAACUGUUAAUUGCAUUUAGCGUGUGUACAACUUUAUUAGUUGCCGUGCACAUGUUGGCACUUAUGAUUUCUACGUGCAUCUUGCCCAACGUGGAGGCGGUGGCCAGCGUUCACAGCUUUGCUGCCGUUUCGGAAUCUCCACACGAAAAGAUGCACUAUUAUAUUGAACUGGCUUGGGCCUUUUCAACCGUUUUUGGUAUUCUACUCUUCCUUCUAGAAAUAGCCAUACUGUGUUGGGUGAAGUUCUACGAUUAUUCGAGGGAGGCUGCAUUGGCCGCAACCAUAUUAUUGAUUCCCAUGGUCAUCACCUUCUUAGCAUUUGCUUUUCAUUUUUAUAGAAAAUUGGUCGCUCACAAGUAUGAACAGUCUGCUCACGGCUUGCAGGAAUUGGAAAGUAUGGUCAACCAACUCCAUUAUGAUGGAACAAACUUGCCUCUGAAUGGAUCACAUGUGAUAAAUGUGUGAACUUGUUAUACCAUUACAAUGGAACCGUGAUAUUUUUAUUAAUUAACGAAGCACAAGUGGUUUUUUUUCAUCAAAAUUAUAGAUUUAUUAAAUAUUUUCAUUCUGAGUAUAUUAUAUUUUUAGUAGUAACAUACUGUUUUAGCUACAGUAAUGCUCAUAGUUAUUUUUUGCUUACACUAUUUUUAUCAUUUGUAGUUUAUAGUAAUGAGUUUCCCUGGCACAAUGUAAAUGUGUGAGGCUGCAGUCUACUAUUCCAAAGACUGGAAUACAAAAACAUGUACUUAUAUCCCUAUUAUAUUAUAUUGAAAUCUCCCGUAUAUUUAUACUUAUAACAAAAUGUUUAUUAAAUAAUGCAUAAUGCAUUUAUAUAAAAUUGUAUUUUCUGAAGAUAUUUUCAAUACUUUAUACUGUUAUAUAUUGGAGUGUUAUAAAAAAAAUGCCAUUUAUGAGAUGCUUAAUUUGUAUUCAUAUAAAUAAUUUCUGGUACAAUUGAUGCAAUAAUAGUAUUAUUGUAUUUAUUGUAUUGUAAAAUAUAUAUUUAAGGAUGUAAAAUAUUUUUGAGCAAUAAAACUGUUAAUUUUAAGAUAAGUUAUAAAUUGUUUUUCCAGAUUUUAGGAUUUGCCAAAUUAAUAAUCAUCCAUAUUUAAACUUCUUUCCCACCAUUUUUCUGAGUAAAGUUUAAUAAGAUUUUGUACAACUUUCUGAAUAAUAUGAACUCUGCAGGUAUUUGUUACAAAAUGAUGGAAAUGACAAGAUCACUUAUUACACAGAUAAUUGUAUGAAUUUUGAUUUUGGAUUAGUCUGCAAAUAAUCAUGACUAUAUCUGAUAUUAGAAAUAUAAGUGUGAUAAAUAUUUUAUACAUUUUCUAACAGAAUUUAUUUUCAACUUUUAUUUAAUAAUAAAUGAUUUUGAUUUUAAAAAUUGAUGGAAUUGAUUUAUGAAAAGUAAUGAUGAUCAUCAUUUAAAACAUUACCAUAGCAAGAGCUAAAUAUCAUUAAAACUUUGAUUUUGGAAUAAUGUGCAAUUCUUAAACACUGUUCUGAGAGUUAUUAAAUCACUACAUGUACAGUACUUAAUCAUCAUUUUGAUAUAACAUAAUAUGCAAAAUUUCUGAAUUUUUUUUGUUUUUUUUUAAAUUUAUCACUUCCUAUUAUAACCAGUCAAAAUUUUUGAGCAUAGGUAAAAUAUCAAUAAGUAAAUGUGAUACUUUUGGCUUUUCAGUACAGAAAUUAAAUUAAUAAUUUAUGAAAUUCUUGAACCAAUUUUUAAACUAUCAUCAAAUUGAAUGGAUGUUGCUAUUAAAAUUUUCUUACACUGAUAAAUAUUUGUUAAUAUCAGAAAGGAAUUUCUGUAAGAUAAUGGUUGAACAUGUUAUUCCAUGCAAGUCUUAUACAAAUCUACUGAGUAUAAAAUUGAAGAAUUACUAUUGUUCAAUACUAAGUAAAUAAAUAGUGACAAAUAAUUGAUUUGUUCUGAAGAUUGGUUUUGUUAAACUGAUCAGUAUAGCGUCCUUUGUACAUUUCUUUGUACAAAGCUUUUCAAUCUUUAAAAUAUUGGUCCUAUGUAGGCAUUUAUCAUUAAAAAUAAAUUCAACAUUAACUUUAGAAAUUUUUUCAAAAACUUUCUAAAGCCAGAGCCAAAAAUCUUUAUAACAACUCCCAUGAUAAUCAAACAUCAGUAGUUGUUUUUAAAACUUUCCAGUUCCCUAUACUUUAAUUUUCUUACAGACAUCCUACACUCAUAGUGGAUAAUUCUUUCUAAACAUGAAGAAUUGUUGGCCAAUCUGGUUCAAUUCAAUAAAGAAAAUGAUAGAAACUAAACUUGAAUAAUAGAAACCCAUUCUCUUUAAUUGUGACGAACAUUUUAAACAUGUAUCCAGAGAUUAUUUCUUGUCCAAAAGGCAUUUGGGAAAUCAAUGUUUUAAAAGAUAAGGCUUAGGCAAAAAUUCUGGUACACCUCUAUUAGAAUGUAUAGAACAUAAUGUGUUGUACAGAUAAAGAAUAUUGUUUAACAUAUUAACAAUAAUGCUUGAUCAUGGCUGUUGAAAAGGGUUUUUAAUCUCUAUUCUUUCGUUAAGAAAAUUUAGAAAUUAAUUUGUUAAUUAAGAAUUUUAAAACCAGAGAAGUAACAGUUAUAAUUGAUUUAAUUUUAUAUGUAGUCUAUGGUAACUUUUGUGUUUUGUAUUGGCAUUUGUACAUAGACUAUUUUUCUCUGUAUUGUUUUCCUGAUUAUUAAAUUACCACUAACUGCUUCGAGAGAAUAUAAUUUCAUAAAUGCUGGCAAAUAUUUUUAU